AUGGCUACAUCACUUCCGAAUCUCUCGGCUGCCUCGCUGCCGCCAUCUUCGCGUCUGUCUACCGGCUCUACCAACACCUAUGUCAUGUCUACUUCUCCCAGGUCAAGCCGUACCUACUCGUCGCGUCGCAGAACACACGACACCUACAUGCCUACCAUCAUGACUACUGUGGGCCAGCGCCCUGCCUGUCUCGUGAAUGCUUCCGUCACCUAUGUCGGCAAUGAUCAGAUCUAUGCUUUUGGCGGCUUCGACCAAUAUACCGACGAAGUCUACAACCAUGUUCUUAGGCUCGAUCUGCAAGCCAAGCAAUGGAGUCUAGUCGACAACUACGGCGACAUUCCUGGCGUGCGCAUGGGUCACACUGCUUGUCUCUGGCAGAACGAGAAACUCCUUGUCUUUGGCGGAGAGAAUGAACACCGCUCUCACCUUGCUGAUGUCAUUAUCUUUGACCUCAAGACCGCUCAUUGGACCUCGCCUGAAAUCCAGGGUAUCCCUCCUCGUGGAAGAGCCAGACACUCAGCCGUCAUCCACGAGGACAAGCUCUUCGUCAGUGGCGGUAUGACUGGCCAUGAUAAUGCUGUACUAGAUGACAUCUGCUAUCUCGAUCUCAAGACCUGGACUUGGUCGCGACCCUGGAAGUUUGUGCCCAGAUACGACCAUUCAACAUGGAUCUGGCGCGACAGACUCUGGGUGUCCGGAGGUAUGACCGAGGACAUGGAGCGUACCAGCGAUAUUUGGUGGCUCGAUCUUAAAGGAAUCCCUGCUUUCGAAGGCGCCAAUCCCGCCGACGACAUGUCCAGAUCCUCCAUGUACUCUACCACUUCCAUCACUCCACAGGCAGGCCCCACUGGCGCCUAUGCUGCAAACUCAAGCAGUGUCCAGGUAAAUCCCGGUUACAUGGUCCAACGUAACCCACCCGUUGCACCAGGCUCCAUCUCUUCUCUUCGUUUCAUCUCAAACCCCAACCUCCCCGUACAAAAUGUAGGAUAUCAUUUCCAUGUCUUCUCUUCCGCAUGCUUGCUCGACUUCGUCACCCCGGCGACUCUCAUGUCUGCCUCCGAGACUAGCCUUUCAGCAUUCGAUCUGGACUCUUUGCGUUGGCAGAAGCUAGCUGACGGAAAAGAUAUCUUCAAUCCAAAUUAUCGAUGGCAUUACUGCUGUCUUGAUGCGGAUGGCACACAUGCCUGGCUGCUUGGGUGCCCCAAUUCACUUCCCAGAAACGCACCUGACGCCGAGGAGUAUCUGAGCGAUGUUCUUCACCUCGACCUCAGAAAACUCGGCCUCCUUGGUAACAAGCUCACUCUGGAGUCUAGAUCUGUUCAACAGACACCGACUUCUGACAGCCGAGUUUCUUCACACCUCUCUGCUAUCGGUGCUGAUCUUGCCCGCACGUUCGAUGUCCCUCCUGAGCAGGGCUCUGGUGCCGAUUUCAUUAUUACGGCCAACCCGGACGAUGACUACGACCAGGACUACGACGGAGACAGUGUGAGGUCUCAUGAGAAGCCUGCAAAUACGUCCUCGCCCAUUCAUGUCCAUCGCUUCAUCCUUUCCGCACGCUGGCCUCAUUUCGCCCGCCUUUACAGUGCUCAAAUGUCCGAAUUCCAUACAAAGAAGAUGCACAUUCCAGAGCCAUACGCUGCGGUACGCGCCUUCCUCUACUACCUCUAUACCGACUCCAUCGCGCCCUCGUCUAUAACAAACUCUGCAUCCCCAUCACCCAGCCUCGAAGAUGUGGCAGGUAUGCUUGUCAUGAGCAAUAUCUAUGACAUGCCACGCCUGCAUCAUCUUUGUGUCGCAAGAUUGGUUCGCGAGCUCGACAUACAGCAUGCUGCUCUCAUCUUUGACUGCGCAAGCGUUGCUCAAGAGACUUGGCUCAAGCGCCGUGCAGCCAGCUUCUGCAUGACACACUGGGGCCGUGUGGUGCGUACAGAAGGAUUCCGACGACUGUCGCGUGCAGCCAUGCUUGAGCUUUGCGAGGAAGUGGAUACCGAAGGUCGAGUAGUCGGUGGAGACGAGCUUGAGGCAGUGGGAGCACUCGGAGGUGCCAGGCUCAGCACUCUUAGCAACUGGCCCGAGGGCAGAAAGAGGAGAAUGAACUCUGAGAACGGACUCAUGGAAGAAAUUGCUGACGAAGAUGAGGAAGAGGGAAUGGAAGUCAAUUAG